CAAUUCCUCACAUACAAAACCAAUUCACUUUCCCUUGUAUCUUCCCCUCUCUCUCUUUCGGUCUUCCUCAACCGAAAGUCUCUCUCUUUACCUCUCUCUCUCUUCAAGGGUUUCCAUCUUCCCUUGAAGAAGAACACCACCAUCAUCACCGACCGUUGGUGCUUUUUUGAGGUGAAUCAAUCAUGUUUGGGCGGGCACCAAGGAAGAGUGAUAACACCAAAUUUUAUGAAGUUCUUGGUGUUCCAAAGAGUGCCAGUGAAGAUGAAAUCAAGAAAGCGUAUAGAAAGGCAGCGAUGAAGAACCAUCCAGAUAAGGGUGGAGAUCCUGAGAAGUUCAAGGAGUUAGGUCAAGCCUAUGAAGUUUUGAGUGAUCCUGAAAAGAAAGAAUUGUAUGACCAAUAUGGUGAAGACGCCCUUAAAGAAGGCAUGGGGGGAGGAGAAUCGUUCCAUAAUCCAUUUGAUAUAUUUGAGACAUUUUUUGGUGGAGCAGGGUUUGGUGGAGGUGGAAGUUCACGAGGUAGAAGACAGAGGCAGGGAGAAGAUGUGGUGCAUAGUAUAAAGGUUUCCUUGGAGGAUGUGUAUAAUGGCACAACAAAGAAACUAUCUCUUUCUAGAAAUGUAUUAUGCCUGAAAUGUAAAGGGAAAGGUUCAAAAAGUGGAACAGCUGGUAGGUGUUUUGGUUGCCAAGGAACAGGUAUGAAGGUUAUAAGAAGGCAGAUUGGACUGGGCAUGGUUCAACAAAUGCAACACGUCUGUUCUGACUGCAGGGGGACUGGUGAGGUCAUUAGUGAGAGAGAUAGAUGCCCUCAGUGCAAGGGGAACAAGAUUUCCCAGGAAAAGAAGGUGCUGGAGGUGCAUGUUGAGAAGGGGAUGCGGCAGGGUCAGAAGAUUGUAUUCGAAGGACAAGCUGAUGAAGCUCCUGACACAAUCACAGGAGACAUAGUUUUUGUUGUACAAGUAAAGGAACACCCAAAGUUCAAGAGGGAGCUUGAUGACCUUUAUAUUGAUCACAAUCUGAGCUUAACUGAAGCUCUUUGUGGCUUCCAGUUUGCCGUCAAACAUCUUGAUGGGAGACAAUUGUUGAUUAAAUCAAACCCUGGGGAAGUCAUCAAGCCAGGUCAACACAAAGCGAUAAACGAUGAGGGAAUGCCACAACACGGCAGGCCCUUCAUUAAGGGACGACUUUACAUCAAGUUUAAUGUUGAUUUCCCAGACUCUGGUUUUAUUUCCCCUGAUCAAUGCCAGUUAUUAGAAAAGAUAUUACCUCAAAAGAGCAGCAAGAAGGCAGAUAUGGAGCUGGAUGAUUGUGAGGAGACCAUUUUGCAUGAUGUCAACAAUUUGGAGGAGGAGAUGCGUCGAAGGAAGCAGCAACGGAGCCGUGAGGCAUAUGAUGAAGAUGAGGAUGAUGAUGAGCCAUCGACGCAACGAGUACAAUGUGCUCAACAGUAGUGCAUUUUGUGCUACAGCUUAUUCUUCAUAUCUAUUAAGUUGUUUGUGUGGUUAUCUUCUGUCUGCAUCAUGCAGUUAUAACUGCAGCUUAGUUUACCUUUAGGUCUCGUCUGGUUGUGUUAUUUAAUUUCUGGUUGUGUUAUUUAAUUUUACAGUUCUUGGAUGUUUGAAUUGAAUUUUGCUGUUAUAUUUAGUAUCAGGCGUGCAUUGAUGAUUGCAAUGCUGAAGUAGGAUUUCAAUGCCAUUUAACCCUGGCAAUUUUUUCUGAA